UAGUGGCAAGUGGGCGUAAAGUGAACUAUUGUAUUUGUGUUAUAUUAUUGAAUAUUCAAUUCAAUAGUAGUUACAUUAGAUUGCGUGGAAAACAUGAAGUUAUACAUAAUAAUAAAUGCAAAGGAACAUUAAGUAACGAGUGGCAAAAUAUACUAUUGAGAUAGUGUCGAAUUUAAUUCUUGUUUACCAGUCCUCUACAUAAAUUGUCCAAUUAUAUAUCAAUUGCAAGAUGUAUUAAACCUUUAAAUUAGUGAAGCUCUACGUUGACAUGGAGAACGAAGAAUCUGAUAAUUUAUCGAAUACUGUUAAUAAAUUAGGUCAUGUUAUACCAUUGAAAAAAGCUCGAUUUUCGUGGCAAGUCAAAGGAAGAUCUCGAUCGCAAAUUGAAGAAUCUUCAUGUGGCAGUAGCAACAGCAACCCUUCUAUAAACGAAUGUUUUUCAUUAAAUUCUGGCAGAGACUUAUCAGUAGGAUGUUCUUCUAAUAUUUCAAACAGAACUUCGUCUGGUAAAAGAUACUCAGAACCUACAUUAUCCACACCUUGUUAUGUUGACAACCACAAUUCCAAUGAUUCAGUGCCAUCUUUACGAGCCAGUGCCUGUUUAGCAGAUCGAGCAGAUGACAGGGGACUAGCAAGAUGGCAAGCGAGACAAGUUGCCAAAGGAUUUGUGGACAAUACAAUUAAUCGUGUUUUAGAUUCCUUCACAGAAGCACCUAUGCCUGGACACACUGGUUCACUGGUUGUUGAAGAUGCUGCUAUUUUGAUGGCGAUAAGUGCUCAUGGUUUACAAAAUGGAGCUGGACCGGUUGAUCAAACAUCACAGGCUGGUGGUACACAUGAUUGGCAACAACCGGGUAGCUCAGGGAGAGAACUGAGGCGCGUGUCAGAAGCACCUCAAGCAAUUGGUGAACAUUAUGAUUUCUUAGAAGCUGCUGUAUCAGUGGCUAUACAAAAGAAAGGAUUGGCACCUUUAUCACAUAACGGACAUAGCUAGUGUUUUAACAUUCUGUCAACAUUUGUGUAUGUACAAAAAGCAAACAAUGACUUCUGGCCUUAGGUAUAUGUCAUUGUACUUUAUAAAUUGCAUUACGAGAAUAUUUUAUUUUAAAUUUUAAUUUAUAGAUUAGAGUGACAAAAAAUACAUCAAAAAUGCAAUUGUUCAAACGUUAUAUAUAUUUUUAUUAAUUAUAUAGAAUC